AUGGCAGUAAAUCUCCAAGCCAAGGAACCAAAUCCUAUUGAAAGAAUUGAUCAACUUUUUGUUGCUGGUGGCCUCCGCCACCUUAUGUUUUACUAUCAGGAUGUGGAGGUCGCUGAACCAGGACAAGUUGGCCCUUCGGGAGGGGUAAAUCUUGUUUCUGGAAAGACGAAAAAACCCAAGGUGUUCGUGACUGAGGGAAAAGAUGUUGCUCUUACAGGAGUCUGUGUGUUCUUCAUCAGGACUGACCCUUCCAAAGCCAUCACCCCAGAGAACAUCCAUCGGGACCUGAGCUUUAACAUGCUGGACACCGCUGAUGGGGGCCUGCUAAACAGCAUGAGACGUUUGCUCUCAGACAUCUUCAUUCCUGCCCUCAGAGCCACGGACCAUGGCUGGGGCGGGUGUGACAGUCUUCAGGAGGCAUCUAGCAUCCGGCAGGACUUUUUGUGCUCUCUGGAAAACUUUGUGAGCGUUCUAUCAGGGGCUCAAGAGAGUCUGAAAGAGAAGGUGAACCUUCAAAAGUGUGAUAUAUUGGAAUUGAAAACUCUGACAGAACCUAUGGACUUCCUGGUGAUAGCUAGUAAUCCGGAGACUUUGGAAAAAGUAGAGGGCUGUAUGAAAAUAUGGAUCAAACAGACAGAACAGGUCCUCGCUGAAAACAAUCAGCUGCGGAAGGAGGCGGAUGACCUCGGCCCCAGAGCUGAGCUGGAGCACUGGAAGAAAAGGCUGUCCAAAUUUAACUACCUUGUGGACCAGCUGAAAAGCCCAGAUGUGAAGACUGUGCUGGCUGUGCUCGCAGCUGCCAAGUCGAAGCUCCUCAAGACUUGGCGGGAGAUGGAUCUUCGGAUUACUGAUGCAUCUAAUGAAGCAAAGGAUAACGUCAAAUAUUUGUACACUCUUGAAAAAUGCUGUGAUCCCUUGUAUAGCAGCGAUCCUAUAUCAAUGAUUGAUGCUAUUCCUACACUUAUAAAUGCAAUUAAAAUGAUCUAUAGUAUCUCUCAUUACUAUAACACCUCUGAGAAGAUAACGUCUCUGUUUGUAAAGGUGACUAAUCAGAUGAUAUCUGCAUGCAAAGCCUAUAUUACCAACAAUGGAACUGCUUCCAUCUGGAGCCAGCCGCAGGAAGUUGUUGUGGAAAAAAUAUCAUCCGCCAUUAAGCUUAAGCAGGAAUACCAGCACUGCUUUCACAAGACCAAAGAGAAGCUCAAACAAAAUCCAAAUGAAAAACAAUUUGAAUUCAGUGAGAUGUACAUUUUUGGAAAAUUUGAAACAUUCCACAGACGCCUGGCUAAGAUCACAGAUAUCUUUUCCAUCUUCAAGACAUACGCAGUCCUCCAGGAAUCUAAAAUUGAAGGGCUGGAAGGAGUGAUUAUGACAUUCCAGGGCAUUGUUGCCACUAUGAAGAAAAAGGAAUAUAAUUUCUUAGACCAGCGGAAAAUGGAAUUUGACCAGGAUUAUGAAGAGUUUCGCAAGCAGACUCAUGACCUUCACAACGAGUUGCAGAAGUUCAUGGACGCUGCAUUUGAAAGGAUUCAAAACACAAACCAAGCACUAAGUAUGCUCAAGAAAUUUGAAAGAUUGAAUAUACCUAAUCUUGGUAUUGAUGACAAAUACCGGCUGAUCCUUGAGAACUAUGGAGCGGACAUCGACAUGAUUUCCAAGCUUUAUACAAAGCACAAAUAUGACCCUCCUUUGGCUCGAGACCAACCUCCCAUCGCAGGGAAGAUUUUGUGGGCUCGCCAGCUCUUCCACAGAAUCCAGCAACCCAUGCAACUUUUCCAGCAGCACCCAACCGUGCUCCGGACCCCUGAGGCCAAACCUAUCAUUCGCAGUUAUAACAGGAUGGCCAAGGUUCUCCUGGAGUUUGAGGUUCUCUACCAUCGGGCAUGGCUUCAACAAAUUGAAGAAAUUCAUGUUGGACUUGAGGCCUCCUUAUUGGUGAAGGCCCCAGGAACGGGAGAUGUGUUUGUGAACUUCGACCCCCAGAUAUUGACUUUAUUCCGAGAGACCGAGCGCAUGGCCCAGAUGGGUCUGGAAGUCUCACCCUACGCGGCUGCUCUCUUCCAGAAACGGGACAAAUACAAAAGGCACUUCAGUGACAUGAAGAUGAUGUUGGCUGAAUACCAGAGAGUAAAGUCAAAAAUACCUCCCACCAUUCAGCAACUGCUGGCCCCCCAUUUAGCCAGAGUGGAUGAAGCUCUCCACCCGGGCUUGGCUGCCCUGAACUGGACAUCACUGAAUAUUGAGACGUAUUUAGAAAGCACAUUUGAAAAGAUCAAGGAACUAGAAUCGCUGCUGGACAGGCUCAGCGACUUGAUUGAGUUCCGAAUCAAUACCAUUCUGGAAGAAAUGAGCAGCACACCCCUCUGCCAGCUCCCCCAGGAAGAGCCACUGAGCUGUGACACAUUCCUUCAGAAGACGAAGGACCUUUGUGUAAAUGGGGCUCAGAUACUUAAUUUCAAAAGCUCAUUAGUGGAGGAAGCUGUCAAUGAGCUAAUAGAUAUGUUGCUGGACGCAGACGUUCCAUCUAAAGAAGAAUGUGAAAAACCAUCCCAUGAGAAUAGGGUUGAUUCAAAAAGUGAAAGUUCAGGUAAGAGAUAUGAAGGAACAUCUGACACUGAGAUAGCUUCCCUUAAUGCUAGCGAGACAGGGGCUGGCCUCCUCUCCUUGACGGCAAUCAAGAGAAGGAAGAAAGAGAUGGAGAUGUUAGAGGAAGAAGCCUGUGAAUUGCUUUCUCAUUUCAAUCAUCAAAACGCAGACGCUCUGCUGAGAGUUACCAGGAACACACUAGAGGCCCUUCGCAAGCGCAUUCAUGCUUCCAACUCUGUUCACGUCCGGGAGACCUUGGAGAUCGCAUCAGUAAAUUUACCUAUUCCAGUGCAAACCAAGAACUACUAUAAGAAUGUUUCUGACAACAAAGAGAUUGUAAAGUUAGUCUCAGUGCUUAGCACCAUCAUCAACUCUACAAAGAAGGAAGUUAUCACCUCCCUGGAUUGCUUCAAGUGCUACAAUCACAUCUGGCAGAAGGAGAAAGAAGAGACCGUUAUGACGUUCAUUAAGAAAAACCCCUUACUUUCAGAAUUUGAGUCUCAGAUCCUCUACUUCCAACAUCUGGAACAGGACAUCAACGCGGAGCCCGAGUACAUCUGCGUCGGCUCCAUCGCACUCUACACAGCGGACUUGAAGCUAGCCCUGACUGCGGAGACAAAGGCCUGGAUGGUUGUCAUUGGCCGCCACUGUAACAGGAAAUACAGGAGUGAGAUGGAAAACAUUUUUACCCUGGUGGAGGAAUUCAAUAAGAAACUGAAUCGCCAAAUCAAAGACCUCGAUGACAUUCGGAUCGCCAUGGCUGCACUGAAGGACAUCAGGGAACAGCAGAUCACCAUCGACUUUCAAGUGGGCCCUAUCGAGAAUGGCCCCAUGGCUGUUGGCUUGAAACCACAGGAAGCCAGUGAUAGGCUCAUCAUGUUUCAGAAUCAAUUUGAUAACAUCUAUCGGAAAUACAUCACCUAUACUGGGGGAGAGGAGCUUUUUGGUCUGCCAGUCACGCAGUACCCUCAACUGCUCGAAAUAAAGAAGCAGCUAAAUCUUCUUCAGAAAAUAUACACUUUGUACAACACUGUCAUCGAAACUGUGAACAGUUACCAGGAUAUGCUUUGGUCAGAAGUGAAUGUGGAAAAAAUCAACAAUGAGCUCUUAGAAUUCCAAAACAGGUGUCGCAAACUGCCCAGGGCCUUGAAGGACUGGCAGGCUUUUCUGGACCUGAAGAAAACCAUCGAUGAUUUCAGCGAGUGCUGUCCCCUGCUGGAGCACAUGGCCAGUAAGGCCAUGAUGACGAGGCACUGGGAACGGAUAGGCACUCUUACAGGCCAUAGUCUGGAUGUGGGCAAUGAGACCUUCAAGCUCAGGAAUAUUAUGGAGACACCACUUCUAAAAUACAAAGAAGAAAUUGAGGACAUCUGCAUCAGCGCAGUGAAGGAGAGAGACAUUGAGCAAAAGCUGAAGCAAGUGAUCAAUGAAUGGGACAACAAGUCCUUCAUGUUCGGCAGCUUUAAGAGCCGCGGAGAACUGCUGCUGCGAGGGGACAGCACGUCUGAAAUCAUCGCCAGCAUGGAGGACAGCUUGAUGUUGCUGGGUUCGCUGCUGAGCAGCAGGUUGAAAAUUGGCAGAGAAAAGCUUCCAGACAGAAAAGCUUUCUCUAAAAAUCUUGCCUGUAUUUUCCCAUUCACUGAGGCGAAGCGCUUUUCCAACAUAGAUAAAUCUUGGGUGAAGAUCAUGAUGCGGGCACAUGAAAUACCGAAUGUGGUUCAUUGCUGUGUCGGGGAUGAGACCAUGGGGCAGCUGCUACCACACUUGCUGGACCAGCUGGAGAUCUGCCAGAAAUCCCUCACUGGGUACUUGGAGAAGAAGCGACUGUGCUUCCCUCGAUUCUUCUUCGUCUCGGACCCUGCCCUUCUGGAAAUUCUGGGCCAGGCCUCGGACUCGCACACCAUACAAGCCCAUUUGCUGAAUGUGUUUGACAACAUUAAGACGGUCAAGUUCCAUGACAAGAUCUAUGAUCGCAUUCUGUCAGUUUCCUCCCGAGAGGGCGAGACGAUUGAAUUGAAUAAGCCUGUGAUGGCAGAGGGCAAUGUGGAAGUGUGGCUCAACUCACUGCUGGAGGAAUCUCAGUCUUCAUUACAUCUGGUCAUUCGUCAGGCAGCUGCAAAUAUUGAAGAAACAGGCUUCCAACUGAUUGAAUUUCUGUCUUCCUUCCCUGCUCAGGUUGGACUAUUAGGGAUUCAAAUGCUGUGGACACGGGAUUCAGAAGAAGCCCUAAGAAAUGCCAAGUCUGAUAAGAAAAUCAUGCAGAAAACCAAUCAGUCUUUCCUGGAACUUCUGAACACACUGAUUGACAUCACCACCCAGGAUCUGAGUUCCAUGGAGCGGGUGAAAUACGAGACUUUGAUUACUAUUCAUGUGCACCAGAGGGACAUCUUUGAUGAUCUGUGCCAUAUGCAUGUCAAGAGCCCCGUGGACUUUGAGUGGCUGAAGCAGUGCCGGUUUUAUUUUCAUGAAGAUUCUGACAAAAUGAUGAUCCACAUCACAGAUGUGACUUUCAUCUACCAGAAUGAGUUUCUGGGCUGCACAGACCGGCUUGUCAUAACUCCACUUACAGACAGGUGUUACAUCACAUUGGCUCAAGCUCUGGGCAUGAGCAUGGGCGGAGCCCCUGCUGGACCUGCAGGGACAGGCAAAACAGAAACGACCAAAGAUAUGGGACGAUGUCUUGGAAAAUAUGUCGUGGUUUUCAAUUGUUCAGACCAGAUGGAUUUCCGAGGACUGGGGCGGAUUUUUAAAGGACUGGCGCAGUCUGGGUCCUGGGGUUGUUUUGAUGAAUUUAAUCGUAUCGAUCUACCAGUUCUCUCAGUCGCAGCCCAGCAAAUUUCCAUUAUUCUGACAUGUAAAAAGGAGCGCAAAAAGUCUUUCAUCUUUACUGAUGGAGACAGUGUGACCAUGAACCCUGAAUUUGGACUUUUUCUCACCAUGAAUCCUGGCUAUGCUGGGCGCCAGGAACUCCCCGAAAACUUGAAGAUAAACUUCCGCUCAGUCGCCAUGAUGGUCCCCGACCGCCAGAUUAUCAUACGGGUGAAGCUGGCUAGUUGCGGCUUCAUUGACAACAUCGUUCUGGCCAGGAAGUUUUUCACGCUCUACAAGCUGUGCGAGGAGCAGCUCUCUAAGCAGGUACACUACGACUUUGGUCUGCGUAAUAUUUUGUCUGUGCUGCGGACGCUGGGAGCAGCAAAAAGAGCCAACCCCACAGACACCGAAUCCACCAUCGUCAUGCGUGUCCUACGUGACAUGAAUCUCUCUAAACUGAUUGAUGAGGAUGAACCCUUAUUUUUGAGUUUGAUUGAAGAUCUCUUCCCAAAUAUUCUUCUGGAUAAAGCAGGUUAUCCUGAACUAGAAGCAGCCAUCGGUAGACAGGUUGAAGAAGCUGGCUUAAUCAACCAUCCUCCUUGGAAACUGAAAGUCAUCCAGCUGUUUGAAACACAGAGGGUGAGACACGGCAUGAUGACGCUGGGGCCCAGUGGGGCAGGGAAGACCACCUGCAUUCACACCUUGAUGAAAGCCAUGACAGAUUGUGGGAAACCUCACCGGGAAAUGAGGAUGAAUCCCAAAGCGAUCACGGCGCCACAGAUGUUUGGUCGGCUGGAUGUGGCCACGAAUGACUGGACAGAUGGAAUAUUUUCUACACUUUGGAGGAAAACACUGAGAGCUAAGAAAGGGGAACAUAUCUGGAUAGUUCUUGAUGGUCCAGUAGAUGCCAUCUGGAUUGAAAAUCUGAAUUCUGUUUUGGAUGAUAACAAAACUCUAACCCUGGCCAACGGUGAUCGAAUCCCUAUGGCUCCAAACUGCAAGAUCAUUUUUGAACCUCAUAACAUUGACAAUGCUUCUCCUGCUACUGUCUCAAGAAAUGGAAUGGUUUUCAUGAGCUCUUCUAUCCUUGACUGGAGCCCUAUCCUUGAGGGUUUUCUUAAAAAGCGCUCGCCUCAAGAAGCAGAGAUUCUCCGUCAGCUGUAUACGGAGUCUUUUCCAGACCUGUAUUGCUUCAGUGUUCAGAACUUGGAAUACAAGAUGGAGAUGCUUGAAGCCUUUGUCAUCAUGCAAAGCAUUAAUAUGCUUCAGGGCCUGAUCCCUCCAAAGGAACAAGGUGGGGAGGUAACAUCCGAACACUUGGGGAGGUUGUACGUCUUCUCGCUGAUGUGGAGCAUCGGGGCCAUUCUGGAACUGGACGGUCGACGCCGGGUGGAGCACUGGCUACGCUCCCAGGAUGCGCUGGCCUUGGACCUGCCCACACUGGCGGGCGAGGAAGACACCAUGUUUGACUAUUAUGUGACACCAGACGGUAAAUGGAUGCACUGGAACACUUGUACCGAGGAGUUUGUGUAUCCCUCCCACACCACGCCGGAAUAUGGCUCGAUCCUGGUGCCCAACGUGGAUAACGUGAGGACUGACUUCCUAAUUAAAACCAUUGCCAAACAGGGCAAGGCUGUGCUAUUAAUUGGUGAACAAGGAACAGCCAAAACUGUCAUAAUCAAGGGCUUUAUGUCAAAAUAUGAUCCUGAAAAUCAUAUGAUCAAGAGUCUGAACUUUUCUUCUGCAACCACCCCACUGAUGUUUCAGAGGACCAUAGAGAGCUACGUGGAUAAGCGUAUGGGCACAACAUAUGGCCCUCCUGCAGGAAAGAAGAUGACAAUUUUUAUUGAUGAUGUGAACAUGCCGAUAAUCAACGAGUGGGGAGAUCAGGUUACGAAUGAGAUAGUUCGACAGCUGAUGGAACAAAGUGGAUUUUAUAACCUCGAGAAGCCUGGGGAGUUUACCAGCAUUGUGGACAUCCAAUUUUUGGCUGCAAUGAUCCAUCCUGGGGGUGGACGUAAUGACAUACCCCAAAGACUCAAAAGGCAGUUCUCUGUAUUUAACUGCACACUACCGUCUGAUGCUUCCAUGGACAAAAUCUUUGGUGUCAUCGGAGUCGGCUACUACUGCACCCAAAGGGGCUUCUCCGAAGUGGUGAGGGUCUCCGUGGCCAAACUGGUGCCACUCACACGUCGACUGUGGCAGAUGACCAAAAUGAAAAUGCUCCCGACUCCUGCAAAAUUCCAUUAUGUAUUUAACCUUCGAGAUCUUUCCAGGAUCUGGCAGGGAAUGCUGAACGCGACUGCGGAGGUUAUCAAGGAGCCAGAUGAGCUGUUCAGACUGUGGAAGCACGAGUGUAAGCGUGUCAUAGCCGAUCGGUUCACCGUGUCUGCGGAUGUGACCUGGUUUGACGAGGCUUUGGCAAGUCUGGUGGAAGGGGAGUUCGGUGACGAGGAAAAACUUUCUGUGGAUUGUGGCAUCGACGCGUACUUUGUGGAUUUCUUGAGGGAUGCCCCUGAAGCUACAGGCGAAACAUCUGAGGAGGCUGAUGCUGAAAUGCCCAAAAUUUAUGAGCCAAUUGUGUCCUUUAAUCACCUGAAAGAGCGUUUGAAUAUGUUCCUGCAGCUCUAUAAUGAGAGCAUCCGCGGCCCCGGCAUGGACAUGGUGUUCUUUGCAGAUGCGAUGGUUCACUUAGUCAAGAUCUCUCGAGUUCUUCGUACUCCCAGAGGCCAUGCCCUCCUUGUCGGGGUGGGCGGUUCCGGAAAGCAGAGCUUGACGAGGUUGGCCACGUUCAUUGCUGGCUAUUCGUCCUUCCAGAUCACUUUGACAAGGUCGUAUAACACGUCAAACCUGAUGGAAGACAUGAAGCUUUUGUACAGAACGGCUGGUCAGCAAGGCAAAGGAAUCACGUUCAUUUUCACAGACAGUGAAAUCAAAGAAGAGUCAUUUUUGGAAUAUAUGAAUAACGUUCUAUCAUCUGGAGAGGUCUCCAACCUGUUUGCCCGCGAUGAAAUCGAUGAGAUUAAUAGUGAUCUUACCUCAGUCAUGAAGAGAGAACACCCUAGACGGCCUCCCACCAACGAGAACCUGUAUGACUACUUCAUGAGCCGGGUCCGGCAGAACCUCCACAUUGUGCUCUGCUUCUCGCCGGUGGGCGAAAAAUUCAGAAAUCGAGCCUUGAAGUUCCCUGCCCUGAUUUCUGGAUGCACCAUAGACUGGUUCAGCCGGUGGCCUAAAGAUGCCCUAAUCGCUGUGUCUGAACACUUUCUCUCGGCUUACGACAUCGACUGUAGUGUGGAAACCAAGAAGGAGGUGGUCCAGUGCAUGGGCUCCUUCCAGGACGGGGUGGCAGAGAAGUGUGUGGAUUAUUUCCAGAGAUUCCGACGUUCGACCCAUGUGACGCCCAAGUCGUACCUGUCCUUCAUCCAGGGAUACAAGUUCAUCUAUGGAGAAAAACACACUGAAGUGCAAACCCUGGCCAACAGAAUGAAUACUGGACUGGAGAAGCUGAAAGAAGCUUCGGAGUCAGUGGCAGCCCUGAGCAAAGAACUGGAAGUGAAAGAAAAGGAGCUCCAAGUGGCCAAUCAGAAAGCUGACACAGUCUUAAAAGAGGUGACAAUGAAAGCACAGGCUGCCGAGAAGGUCAAGGCUGAGGUUCAGAAGGUGAAGGACAAAGCCCAGGCCAUUGUAGAUAGCAUCUCCAAAGAUAAGGCCAUUGCCGAAGAAAAAUUGGAGGCAGCAAAACCAGCUUUAGAAGAAGCAGAGGCAGCGUUGCAGCAAUUCCCAAAAGACAUGAUCAACGAAGAAGUGAUAGAGCUCUUGAAUCCUUACUUUGAAAUGGCAGACUACAAUAUCGAGAUGGCAAAGCGAGUGUGUGGGAAUGUGGCCGGUCUUUGUUCCUGGACAAAAGCCAUGGCUUCCUUCUUUUCUAUCAACAAAGAGGUGUUGCCUCUGAAGGCCAACUUGGUGGUGCAGGAGAAUCGGCAUGUGUUGGCCAUGCAGGACCUGCAGAAGGCCCAGGCUGAGCUGGACGACAAGCAAGCAGAGCUCGAUGUGGUGCAGGCCGAGUACGAGCAGGCCAUGACGGAGAAGCAGACUUUACUUGAAGAUGCAGAGAGGUGUCGACAUAAGAUGCAGACAGCGUCCACCCUGAUCAGUGGCUUGGCAGGGGAAAAGGAAAGGUGGACAGAGCAAAGCAAAGAGUUUGCCGCACAAACGAAAAGACUCGUAGGGGAUGUCUUGUUGGCUACGGCUUUUCUAUCGUAUUCUGGUCCAUUUAACCAAGAGUUUCGCAAUCUGUUGUUAAACGACUGGCAGAAGGAGAUGAAAGCUCGGAAGAUUCCAUUUGGAAGCAACCUAAAUCUCAACGAGAUGUUGAUUGACGCUCCUACUAUUAGUGAGUGGAAUCUGCAAGGCCUGCCCAACGAUGACUUGUCCAUUCAGAAUGGUAUUAUUGUCACUAAGGCUUCUCGGUAUCCACUGCUGAUUGAUCCACAGACGCAAGGCAAGAUCUGGAUUAAAAACAAAGAAAACCGGAAUGAACUCCAGAUCACAUCUCUAAAUCACAAGUACUUCAGAAGCCACCUGGAGGACAGCCUUUCCCUUGGAAGGCCCUUGCUAAUUGAAGAUGUUGGAGAGGAACUUGACCCAGCCUUGGAUAAUGUGUUGGAAAGAAACUUCAUUAAAACUGGGUCCACCUUUAAGGUGAAAGUUGGUGACAAGGAGGUAGACGUUAUGGACGGCUUCCGACUCUACAUCACCACCAAGCUUCCCAAUCCAGCCUACACCCCUGAAAUUAGUGCCCGGACCUCCAUCAUCGACUUUACUGUCACCAUGAAAGGCCUAGAAGAUCAGCUGCUGGGAAGAGUGAUCCUCACAGAGAAGCAGGAACUGGAGAAAGAACGCACUCAACUCAUGGAAGAAGUCACUGCAAACAAAAGAAAGAUGAAGGAGCUGGAAGAUAAUUUGCUUUACCGCCUGACCAGUACUCAGGGGUCCCUGGUGGAAGACGAGAGCCUGAUCCUUGUGCUGAGUCACACGAAGAGGACAGCGGAGGAGGUGACUCAGAAGCUGGAGAUUUCUGCCGAGACAGAAAUUCAAAUCAACUCGGCCCGGGAGGAGUACCGACCUGUUGCUACAAGAGGCAGCAUCCUCUACUUCCUCAUCACAGAGAUGAGCUUGGUGAAUGAGAUGUACCAGACUUCACUGCGCCAGUUCCUUGGCUUGUUUGACCUUUCCUUAGCCAGGUCUGUCAAGAGCCCAAUUACAAGCAAGAGGAUUGCUAAUAUCAUUGAGCACAUGACCUACGAGGUUUAUAAGUAUGCGGCCCGGGGGCUGUACGAAGAGCACAAAUUCCUCUUUACCUUGUUGCUGACCCUGAAGAUCGACAUCCAGAGGAACCGCGUCAAGCACGAGGAGUUUCUCACCUUGAUUAAAGGUGGUGCCUCGUUGGACCUUAAAGCCUGUCCUACUAAACCCUCUAAAUGGAUCCUGGACAUGACCUGGCUGAAUUUGGUGGAGCUCAGCAAACUUCGACAGUUUUCAGAUGUUCUUGAUCAGAUCUCGAGAAAUGAGAAAAUAUGGAAAAUUUGGUUUGAUAAGGAAAAUCCUGAAGAGGAACCGCUUCCAAAUGCCUAUGAUAAAUCUCUCGAUUGCUUCAGACGGCUUCUUCUGAUUAGGUCCUGGUGUCCUGAUCGAACCAUUGCCCAAGCCCGCAAGUACAUCAUGGACUCCAUGGGAGAAAACUAUGCCGAAGGUGUUAUCCUGGACUUGGAAAAGACGUGGGAGGAAUCAGAUCCUCGAACGCCACUCAUCUGUCUUCUGUCGAUGGGUUCAGACCCCACAGAUUCCAUCAUUGCCUUGGGGAAGAGAUUGAAGAUAGAGACCCGCUAUGUGUCCAUGGGCCAGGGCCAAGAGGUCCAUGCCCGCAAGCUGCUGCAGCAGACCAUGGCCAGUGGAGGAUGGGCACUUCUGCAGAACUGCCACCUGGGACUCGAUUUCAUGGAUGAGCUCAUGGACAUAAUUACAGAGACAGAGGCUGUCCAUGAGGCUUUCCGCCUAUGGAUGACCACCGAGGUCCAUAAGCAGUUCCCCAUCACACUCCUUCAGAUGUCCAUUAAAUUUGCCAACGAGCCUCCACAGGGCCUCCGGGCAGGACUGAAAAGAACAUACAGCGGAGUGAGCCAGGACCUGCUGGAUGUGAGCACUGUAAUGCAGUGGAAGCCCAUGCUGUAUGCAGUGGCUUUCCUGCACUCCACGGUCCAGGAAAGGCGCAAAUUUGGACCACUUGGCUGGAAUAUACCCUAUGAGUUCAAUCAAGCAGAUUUUAAUGCUACUGUGCAGUUCAUCCAAAACCACCUGGAUGACAUGGAUAUCAAAAAGGGAGUUUCCUGGACCACCGUCCGCUACAUGACAGGAGAAAUUCAAUAUGGAGGGAGAGUCACGGAUGACUACGAUAAGAGACUGUUGAACACUUUCGCUAAGGUUUGGUUCAGUGAAAAUAUGUUUGCCCCCGAUUUCAGCUUUUACGAAGGAUACAAUAUUCCAAAAUGCAGCUCUGUGGAGAAUUAUCUUCAGUAUAUUCAGAGUUUGCCUGCGUAUGACAGCCCUGAGGUGUUCGGGCUGCACCCCAACGCGGACAUCACCUACCAGAGCAAGCUGGCCAAGGAUGUGCUCGACACCAUUCUGGGCAUCCAACCCAAGGACAGCUCCAGUGGCGGGGAUGAGACCCGAGAGGCGGUGGUGGCCCGGCUGGCUGACGAUAUGCUGGAAAAGCUGCCCCCAGACUACAGCCCCUUUGAAGUGAAGGAGAGGCUGCAGAAGAUGGGGCCGUUCCAGCCCAUGAACAUUUUCCUCAGGCAGGAGAUAGACAGGAUGCAGAGGGUGCUCAGCCUCGUCCGGACCACCUUGACGGAGCUCAAACUGGCGAUUGAUGGCACCAUCAUCAUGAGGGAGAAUCUACGAGACGCUUUGGAUUGUAUGUUUGAUGCCAGAAUUCCUACUCGGUGGAAAAAAGCCUCUUGGGUCUCAAGUACACUGGGUUUCUGGUUCACGGAACUCCUGGAAAGGAACGGGCAGUUCACGUGUUGGGUUUUCAGCGGCAGACCCCACUGCUUCUGGAUGACGGGCUUUUUCAACCCCCAAGGAUUUCUAACUGCAAUGCGCCAGGAAAUAACUCGAGCCAACAAAGGCUGGGCUCUGGACAAUCUAGUGCUUUGCAACGAGGUCACCAAGUGGAUGAAGGAUGACAUCUCUGCUUCUCCGACUGAGGGAGUCUAUGUCUAUGGCUUAUACCUUGAAGGGGCUGGCUGGGACAAAAGGAACAUGAAACUUACCGAGUCAAAGCCAAAAGUGCUCUUCGAAUUGAUGCCUGUAAUAAGGAUUUUUGCAGAAAACAACACUCAGAAAGACCCUCGACUUUAUUCCUGCCCCAUCUACAAGAAGCCAGUUCGAACAGACUUGAACUACAUCACUGCUGUGGAGCUCAGGACAGUUCAGCCCCCCGAACACUGGGUCCUUCGUGGAGUGGCCCUUCUCUGUGAUGUUAAAUAACAUGGGGGAGCAUCCCCACAAAAUCGUUUGGAAAGUACAAGGUCCAAAUGACUGUAAAUACCAUUUCUCCAUGACUUCUAGACAUUCCAUAAAUCAGGUUGUUUGUGCAACUCAGGAACUGUGUUGGUUCCCCCAAUCCUUAGUUAGAUGCUGGCAUUGAACCAAUGUCAUAAUGAGUUAACCCAUCCCCACUCUUGUUGACAAAGUUACAGCGUGAUUUGAAAAUAACAUGUACAACUUGCUAAUGAAUUUAGCCCUCAGUUUCCUGGGAAAUGAAUCUCCUUCUGCCUGAAACGUCAGCACUGAGCACGUUCAGCAGACUUGCUCCCCCUGAAAAAGGAUUCUGUGUGAAUGUUCCUUGUGUGACAGCUGGACUCUCUAAGGUGACAUGGGACACUUGUGCUGAGUUUGCCUUUUGCAUUUAGGUCAGGCAAAGAGCUUUAUUUUCAGGGCUUCAAGCAGCUAAUUAAGAGAUCUCCUGAAAAAUAGAAAGGAAUAAGAGACUGGGUUAAGACUAUGAAGAAACAAUUCAUCUCUACCUAUAUACUAAGCCUAGAAUAAUGUUGAGCCCCCUCUCCCUGGAAAUUAAUUUUGAAAUGCUAAUUGAGAUAUCUUCUUAUAAUCAAAAUAGAAAAUUAAAGCUAAAAGCCAAUUGGUCUGCGGUCUUUAUUAGCGGAUACACUCACAGCUGCUGUUGUGGUGUGCUGUCAAGUCCAUAACAAUUCAGAGCUAGCCUACAAGACAAAGAGUUGUUGCUCCAUCGCAUUUCCUAGACUGUGACAUUUAUGGGAGAAGAUUGUCAGGGCUUUCCCCCCCCAAUGAACUGCUGAAUGGGUUCGAACUGCUGACCUUUUGAUUGGCAGUAGAGCACUUUAACCAGUGUAACAUCAGGUGUCAUUCACAAAAUGAUAGACCAAUGUAAAUUGACCCAACCUUGUUGCAAAAAAAGAAAAAAACUAUGCCCAGACACAGUCAUAAAAAUGCUCACCUAUUUUCACCCUUAUUUUUUCCGCUGGAAAUUUAUUCUAAGGGAAGAGGGAAGCCAAUUAUAUCUAAAUCCAUUUUAAUAAAAGGAAAAACUAGAAGUGCCCUGAAUCUUCAAGAACUAGGCUGUUUGUGAGAACAUAAGAGCCGCAAGAUUGUCAUGAGACCAGUACUGAAGGUCUGAUAAAGAGAGUGGUAAAUGCCUGGUAUUAGUAAGACCAAGUUGAAUGUUCUAUGAAAGAUCAUAU